CUGCCCCAGGCUCGCCGACCAUGGACCCCAACACGAUCAUCGAGGCCCUGCGGGGCACCAUGGACCCAGCCCUGCGGGAGGCCGCCGAGCGCCAGCUCAAUGAGGCCCACAAGUCCGUGAACUUUGUUUCAACUCUGCUACAAAUCACCAUGUCCGAGCAGCUGGAUUUACCAGUGAGACAGGCAGGUGUUAUCUAUUUGAAAAAUAUGAUAACUCAGUAUUGGCCUGAUAGGGACACCACACCAGGGGAAAUACCUCCAUAUACAAUUCCCGAGGAAGAUCGACAUUGUAUCCGUGAAAAUAUUGUAGAAGCUAUUAUUCACUCUCCUGAACUUAUCAGGGUACAGCUUACUACAUGUAUUCAUCACAUAAUCAAACAUGAUUACCCAAGCCGCUGGACUGCAGUUGUAGACAAAAUUGGUUUUUAUCUCCAGUCUGAUAACAGUGCUUGCUGGCUCGGAAUCCUUCUGUGCCUAUAUCAGCUUGUGAAAAACUAUGAAUACAAGAAGCCAGAGGAACGGAGUCCAUUGGUAGCAGCAAUGCAGCACUUCCUACCAGUUUUGAAGGAUCGUUUUAUUCAACUUCUUCCUGAUCAGUCUGAUCAAUCAGUCCUUAUUCAGAAACAAAUAUUCAAGAUCUUCUAUGCCCUUGUUCAGUAUACUCUUCCACUGGAGCUGAUAAAUCAAGCAAAUUUGACUGAAUGGAUAGAAAUUCUAAAGACGGUUGUGAACAGGGACGUCCCUCCUGAAACCCUUCAAGUUGAAGAGGAUGAUCGGCCAGAAUUACCAUGGUGGAAAUGCAAGAAGUGGGCUUUACAUAUCUUGGCAAGGCUUUUUGAAAGGUAUGGAAGCCCUGGCAAUGUUUCCAAGGAGUAUAAUGAAUUUGCUGAAGUCUUCCUAAAAGCAUUUGCUGUUGGCGUCCAGCAGGUAUUGCUGAAGGUGCUGUAUCAAUACAAAGAAAAACAAUAUAUGGCUCCUCGAGUUCUACAGCAGACACUGAACUAUAUCAAUCAAGGAGUGUCCCAUGCUGUCACAUGGAAGAACCUGAAACCUCAUAUACAAGGCAUUAUCCAAGAUGUUAUUUUUCCAUUGAUGUGCUAUACAGAUGCUGAUGAGGAGCUCUGGCAAGAAGAUCCUUAUGAAUAUAUACGCAUGAAGUUUGAUGUGUUUGAAGACUUCAUUUCCCCCACUACUGCUGCCCAGACACUCUUGUUUACAGCCUGUAGUAAGAGAAAAGAGGUCUUGCAGAAAACAAUGGGAUUUUGCUAUCAGAUUCUUACAGAGCCAAAUGCUGAUCCUCGGAAAAAAGAUGGUGCUCUGCAUAUGAUCGGUUCUUUGGCUGAAAUCCUGCUAAAGAAAAAGAUCUACAAAGAUCAGAUGGAGUUCAUGUUGCAAAAUCACGUAUUCCCUCUCUUCAGCAGUGAACUGGGCUACAUGAGAGCAAGGGCUUGCUGGGUGCUUCAUUAUUUCUGCGAAGUGAAGUUUAAGAGUGACCAGAACCUGCAGACAGCUUUGGAACUGACCAGACGAUGUCUGAUUGAUGACAGAGAGAUGCCUGUGAAAGUGGAAGCUGCUAUUGCCCUUCAAGUUCUGAUUAGCAAUCAGGAGAAAGCCAAGGAAUAUAUUACGCCGUUCAUUAGGCCUGUAAUGCAGGCUCUUCUUCAUAUCAUAAGGGAAACAGAAAAUGACGAUCUGACCAACGUGAUUCAGAAAAUGAUUUGCGAGUACAGUGAAGAGGUUACCCCUAUCGCUGUUGAAAUGACACAACACUUGGCCAUGACAUUUAACCAGGUAAUCCAGACUGGGCCAGAUGAAGAAGGAAGUGAUGAUAAAGCAGUAACAGCUAUGGGAAUCUUAAAUACAAUCGAUACACUUCUUAGUGUGGUGGAAGAUCAUAAAGAGAUCACGCAGCAGCUGGAGGGCAUCUGUUUGCAAGUUAUUGGUACUGUUUUACAACAGCAUGUUUUAGAGUUUUAUGAGGAAAUCUUUUCCUUAGCUCACAGUUUGACCUGUCAGCAAGUGUCUCCACAAAUGUGGCAGCUUUUGCCUCUUGUAUUUGAAGUCUUUCAGCAGGAUGGAUUCGAUUACUUUACAGAUAUGAUGCCUCUUCUCCAUAAUUAUGUCACCGUGGACACAGAUACUCUUUUAUCAGACACCAAAUAUCUUGAAAUGAUAUAUAGCAUGUGCAAAAAGGUCUUGACAGGGGUAGCAGGAGAAGAUGCAGAAUGUCAUGCAGCCAAGUUGUUGGAAGUGAUCAUUCUACAAUGCAAAGGGCGUGGCAUUGAUCAGUGUAUUCCCUUGUUUGUGGAAGCUGCAUUGGAGAGACUGACCAGAGAGGUCAAAACGAGCGAACUCAGAACAAUGUGUCUUCAGGUUGCCAUUGCAGCUCUUUAUUAUAAUCCUCAUCUGCUCCUCAACACCUUAGAAAACCUUCGGUUCCCCAACAAUGUUGAACCUGUCACAAAUCACUUUAUUACACAGUGGCUUAAUGAUGUUGAUUGCUUCUUGGGGCUUCACGAUAGAAAGAUGUGUGUUCUAGGCUUGUGUGCUCUUAUUGACUUGGAACAAAUACCGCAAGUUUUAAAUCAGGUUUCGGGACAAAUUCUUCCAGCUUUUAUCCUUUUAUUUAAUGGGUUAAAAAGAGCAUAUGCUUGUCAUGCAGAGCAUGAGAAUGAUAGUGAUGAAGAUGAUGAAGCUGAUGAUGAUGAAGAAACAGAAGAGCUUGGAAGUGAUGAAGAUGAUAUUGAUGAGGAUGGGCAAGAAUAUUUAGAGAUCCUGGCUAAGCAGGCAGGAGAAGAUGGAGACGAUGAAGAGUGGGAAGAAGAUGAUGCAGAAGAAACUGCCCUGGAAGGCUAUUCCACAAUCAUUGAUGAUGAAGAGAACCCUGUUGAUGAGUAUCAGAUAUUUAAAGCUAUAUUUCAGACUAUUCAAAGUCGUAAUCCUGUGUGGUACCAAGCUCUGACUCAUGGACUUAAUGAAGAGCAAAGGAAACAGUUACAAGACAUAGCAACUCUGGCAGACCAGAGACGAGCAGCCCAUGAAUCCAAAAUGAUUGAGAAACAUGGAGGAUACAAAUUCAACGCUCCAGUUGUGCCAAGUUCAUUCAAUUUUGGAGGUCCAGCCCCUGGGAUGAAUUGAAUUAUCCCUUUUUUUCCUGCUACCGUGUGAUUGUAGUAAAGAGCUUGUGUUCCUCCCA